AUGUCGCAGCCCACCAAGUCCGGCCGCGCCCGCAUCCGCGAUGUCAUCCCCAAGCUGUAUCUCGGAAAGUGGUCGCCCGGCCGCCUCAACUCCAUCACCGACGUGCCGGGCGUCCUGGUGCACACGCAAUCCAUCGAGCCGGAUCAAGAUGUCCACACGGGCGUCACCACCAUCCUACCGCGGAAGAACUGGCACGAGUACUCGAGCUUCGCCGGCGUCUUCCGCUUCAAUGGCUGCGGUGAGAUGACGGGCUCCCACUGGCUCAACGAGACGGGCCUGCUCGCGUCGCCCAUCAUCAUCACCGCGACCUCAUCUGUGGGCGAGGGCUACCGCGGCGUGACCGAGUACUGCUACCGCUACCAUCGCAACGAGCAGGGCGACAUGGACCUAUUCAUGUUCCCUCUGGUCGCUGAGACGUUCGACGGCUACCUGAGUGACCCGGCGGCCUUUGCCGUCACGCCAGAGCAUGUCAUCCAAGGUAUCAAGAGCGCCACGGCUGACCGCGUGCCCGAGGGCAACACGGGCGGGGGCACGGGCAUGAUCUGCCACCGCUGGAAGGGCGGCACCGGCUCCAGCAGCCGCAUUGUCAAGGGCUUCGACGUGGACGGCAAUGUGCUCGACUACACUGUCGGCGUCUUGGUCCAGGCGAACUAUGGCUCCCACGACACGCUCCGCAUCGGCGGCGUGCCCGUAGGCAAGAUCCUGCAGGACGAGGGCAGCGUCCCGUCAGCCGCGGAACGGCCCACCGACGAAGGCAAGGAACCGCGCAAGGACGGCAGCAUCAUCAUCAUCGUCGCGACGGACGCGCCUCUCAUCCCCAUCCAGCUGCAACGUCUGGCCACUCGGGCGACCGUCGGCCUGGGCAAGGUCGGCGGCUACGGAAGCAACACAUCCGGCGACAUCUUCCUGGCGUUCUCCACAGGGAACAAGGUGCCGUCGCAGGAGCUGUCCAUGUCGAGCGGGCCUGGGCUGAACCCGUAUCAGCCUCUCGCCAGGGCCGUGCAGAUGACAGACAACGACACCAUCAACGGCCUGUUCGAGGCGGCGGCAGACGCGACUGAGGAGGCCAUCUACAACGCCAUGGCCAUGGCGGAGAGUAUGACGGGCUUCAAGGACAGACAUGUCGAGGCGUUGGACCUGGCCAAGGUCAAGGAGAUUGUCGAGCGGCGCCUGUAG